AUGUUUGAUCUGAUCGGAUCAGAACUGCGACAACUACAACAAGUACUUCAACUACCUCAACUACGACCACAACGACGACCACCACAACAACAACUACUACCACAAUGUCAACAACAACUACCAUCACAACGUCAACAACAACAACAACUACCACGACAACGACGACAACAACAACAACAACAACUGCCAUCACAACUACAUCAACAACCACUACGACGACUUCUACAACUUCCACGACAACAACAACCACCACCCCAAGUAUGCUUCACAUUUGCAAAAGAUAUUUCACUACACACAAGAGGUGUUACCUUUUAG